AUGUGGAAAGAGAAGGAAGACGCGGAGGAGUUUGGAAAGGACCCUGAACAGGCAAGAAUUUACCAAGACAUUUUUAUGCCGGUCGACCUCAAUCCUGUGGAGUUCAUGCAGCUUAUGGGCCAGGCACAGCGGCGAGUUGUGCUUGAGGGCAACGAUAUCAACCAGCAAGGCAGACCGCACGAGGAGAUGUUUCUGAUCGUCGAGGGCACCGCCGAUGUGAGGUCGGAGGGUGAGGACGUGUGCCGCCUGGAGCCGGGUGGGUUCGUCGGCUCCAUGGCCUUCAACGCCUUCAUACAGGAGGCUCCGGUAGCGUCCUCUCACACCGCCGCCCGGGGUACCGCGGAUGCGUGGCCGGCGGGAGGGGGGAGGAGCGACGGUAAGGAUCAGGCAGACAGCGUGUUCAUCGAGGGUCUCGUCGUCGGGGACGGUGGCUACAAGUACGGAGGGAAAGGGGUGCUUGACUUGGUGAAGGACGUGAUUUUCAACAUGCUGAGAGGGGACUCUGUGGUUGGGAACGUCGCCCUGUCGCUCGUGCCCGAUGUGGUGGACGGGCCGAAAGACUUGGGGAAGAUGGAAUGCACGAAGAACACCGUCACGGCUACUUCGGAUGUGGUGGUGUACGUCUGGGACCAGCACGCCCUGCGCGCCUUCAUCAAGCGCCGGCCUUUGAUUGGCGCGGGUCUUCAGAAGGCCAUCUCCGAGGACUUUUCGAACAAAGUCAACCAGUCCCGGGGACACAAGACCAAGUACCGGAUGCUGCUCGAGGAGACCCUGGAAGGCGGAGAGAUUAACCAGACCGAAAAGAGGAAGCUGCAAAGGUACCGCGAAACGCACGGCAUUGCGUUGGAGGAGCACAAGUUCAUGCUCUCAGAACGCGGGUGGACAGAAGAAGAGUUCGAAGUCGGUUUCCAGCCAGGCGUAGCACCCAGGCAGGGAUCACAGCACUUUGUCAAGUACGAGGCCUUGGUACAGCGGGAGCUUGCCCAGGGAGAGGUGAAGCCUGAAUCAAAGCUCUACCUCUUGAACUUUCGCAAGCAUGCCGGCAUCGACGCCCAGGAGCACAUUCUCGCCCUCGGAAAGCAGGGCUGGACUGUGGACGACUACGAAGUCGGAGUGAAGGGCAUGUCGUCCGCCUUCAACCAAGACUUGAACGGCUCGUUCGACGGCUCUGACGAUGUCCACCCAGGCAUCCACAGCCACGACAACGACAAGAGCGACAGCAACACGGACAAGGUUGAAACGAUUCAAAUCAACAACAGCAACGACGACGACGACGACAACAUCAACAAAGCUGACACAAUCAAGCUGAAGAGUGCAGUUGAGGAUGUUUGUCGGGAGAACCGCGGAACGAUCAAGGAGGAGCGUGAAAGCGGGAGGGGCCUCAACAGGACCCUGCAGGUAACCGCGCGUCCCACCGACUCGUUGCGGGGCCCCGAAAUGGUACAGGUACAGAAGUACGGCGCUUGA